GCUCGGGCCGGUUUAGCGCUGAGGUUUGGUUUGUUUUGCAGGCGGAGGGUGCCGGUUGGUUAGUCACUAGCCAAUCGCAGCGCUGGCUGAGCAGAGCCUGGGCCGCUGAUAGGGCGGUGUUCCGCCCCCUACCCCUGAGCCUGACGGGCUCGGAGCGCUGUUGUUGCGCUGGGGCCACCCCCUAGCUCGAGGAUGCGGCUGCGCUCGGGGGUCUUCGCCGCCGGCUGCCUCCUGGUGCAGGCGCUCGGGGUCGGGCUGUUCCUCCGGGGCUUCUUCCCGGUGCCUGUGAGAUCCCUGCCCCGGAGAGAGGCCCGCGGGGCCCCGCCCGCUGAGCCGCCCCAGCCCGGAGCAGGAGUGACUUCUAAUUGGACCAAGAUUCCAUCACCUCUUUUCAAAAAAGUGGUCAUUGUGUUGAUAGAUGCUUUGAGAGAUGAUUUCGUGUUUGGAUCAAAGGGUAAACAGUUCAUGCCCUACACUACAGAACUUGUUGAAAAAGGAACAUGCCACAGUUUCAUUGCUGAAGCAAAGCCACCCACUGUCACCAUGCCUCGAAUUAAGGCUUUGAUGACUGGUAGCAUACCUGGCUUCAUUGAUGUUAUCAUGAACCUUAAUUCUCCAGCACUCUUGGAAGACAACCUGAUAUGGCAGGCAAAAACAGCUGGGAAAAGAAUAGUCUUUUAUGGUGAUGACACUUGGGUUAAACUGUUUCCAAAGCAUUUUGUGGAAUAUGAUGGAACAACAUCAUUUUUUGUGUCAGAUUAUACUGAGGUUGAUGAUAAUGUUACCAGGCAUUUGGACGGUGUCUUAAAAAGAGAAGACUGGGAUAUACUAAUACUUCACUACCUAGGAUUGGACCAUAUUGGUCAUCUGACUGGACCAAACAGCCCUUUGGUGGGACCAAAGCUUUAUGAAAUGGAUAACAUCCUCAAGAAGAUUCACACUUCACUCCUCUCAAAGGAAAGAGAGUCGUCUUUGCCCAACUUACUUAUUGUGUGUGGUGAUCAUGGGAUGUCCGAAACAGGCAGUCAUGGAGGUUCCUCAGAGGAAGAAGUUCACACACCUCUGCUAUUUAUCAGCUCUGCUUUUGAAAAGAGAAAUGGCCCUUUAAAACAGCCAGAACUUGUGCAACAGACGGAUUUAGCUGCUACGUUGGCAAUAGGUCUUGGCCUGCCAAUUUCAAGAAAUAGUGUUGGGAAUAUUAUACUUUCUGUUAUAGAAGGGAAAACAAUGAGAGAACAACUAAGGUUCUUGCAUUUAAAUGGGUUCCAGCUUAGCAGACUCCUUCAGGAGAACAUGCCUACAUAUGAAAAAGAUCCUGGAUUUGAGCAUUUUAAGAUAGCAGAAAAAUCCCAUGGGAAUUGGAUCAAGCUCUAUCUAGAGGGAAAUAAUUCAGAAGUCCUCUUAAACCUUGGCAAAAAGGUCCUUAAGCAAUAUUUAGAGGCUCUGAAGAUCUUGAGUUCUUCACUGAGCAAGCAAGUGGCACAAUACGACAUGUAUUCAAUGACGGUGGGGACUGUGAUAGUCCUGGAGGUUCUACUUCUGCUUUUGCUCAGCAUGUCGAAAGCACUGAGCAGCAGGGCUGAAUUUGAAGUGCCACUCUCACCUCCGCUGUUUUCUCUGCUGUUUUACUUGAUGUGCCUGAUGCUCUGUGCAGUUCAUGUAAUUGUAUGCACAUCAGCAGAAAGCUUAUGCUAUUUCUGCAGUAUAUCAUGGUUAACGGCAGUUGGAGUGAUGAUGCUGAUUUCUGCACUUAUGUGUGUAAUUUUAUCCGCCUUUGGAAAGAUGAUUGAGAAUCCCAAACUUCCAGCUAAGGUAGUAUGAAUGAGAUGGUGAAGUGAUUUGGUAGCUUUGAAAUGUGAUCCCAGCAUUCUGGAAAAACCUUACUGGGAACCUUGUAAUCAAUGCUGUUCCAUCACAUGGAAGGUAGCACACUUGGAAAUCAAGAUUAGCUCACUUUGUGUCCAAAUGAGCAGAAGCCAAGAAAAUGACUUCAGGAAUGUUAGACUCUUUACCAGCAUCCCCCAAAUCGUAUAAUUUCUAGUCUGAAAAGUGAGUGUGUAAAAAUUACUUAUGUAUUUAGUCACUGAUAUUUACUUUAGUGUAAAAAUAACUCUUUAUUGUAUGAUCAGCCCUCCAAAAGCUGCACAGCUUUGUGAGUGAACUGUAUUUUUCUGCCCCACAUGUUAACAGAAAUGUUAAUUUCAAUUGCAAGGGCCUGUGCAUUCCCAUUGUCUAAUUAUGUCCUAGUUACACUGAUUAACCCAAUGGUGGCAAGAGAAUUGCAUCAAGAACUUAUUUGGGCUGCAAAAUUUUUACUACUCGUGGUGACGCACAAACUAGAAAGAACCCAACUUGACUUGCAGAUACUAGGUUGGUUUUGCAAGCCUGCUGCUUAGAAAAUCCAUAUUUAUAAAUUAAGGAUUCCAUAUACAAUUUGCUUGAUACAAUGAGGGUGUCAGUCCUUUAAGGUGUUGAGUACCAGCAAUGACUAGAAAAUUAAUGGGGGUUGAAGAGGCUCAAGAGCUUGAAGGAGUGAGCCCUAACCAUGGUACCCCACAAUGCUUUUACAAAAUCCAUUUCAGGGUAGUUCUCACUAAGUCAGCUACUGACACAGAAAUCUAAAUUUCGUGUUCCAUGAGACAAGUCGUAGCUAACCUUUAAUGAUGACAUUCAGUAAUGAGGCACAGAUUUAUUUUGUACGUGCUUUCUGUGUGAGGGAAUGAUCACUGAAUGUGUCCCUCUCUCAGGAACCAUAGAGUUGUGUGUGUAUGGGGGGACUGUCGGCGGGAGCAGGAGGAGAAAACAUGGUUAUUGUUAUGGAGGUGAGGAGGAUAUGCCCUUAGGGGAACAGGUCCAUUUGUCAGUGAUGCAUAAAGAACCCUGUUUGCUGAUUCUGGUGAGGUAGGUGAACUUCUGUUGUAUUCGGUUAGUUCCAUUAGCUUCCCGUUUAACCAUUCCUGCCAUUUAAACAACAAAACAUAUACCAAAGCUUUGUCAAUUCACCAUAUUUAUUUAUAUAUUAUGUCCCUAUCCUCUACUCCAUUUUGACUUCUAGGUUGUAAGCCUUCGAGAACAGGGAUUGUCUUACGUAAAUCUGUACAGUGCCCGGCACAAUGGGGCUCCAGUCCUGAUUGGCAUCUUGAAGCCCUACCAUAAUGUUUAUUAACAGUCAGAAAAGCCACAACAAUGCAACCAGGAUUAAUAUCAGUCCUGAUAAAUCUAUUUUUCUUACUGUUUUCUAGACUUUGAGAGUGCAUGAGACUUGCUGAUGUGCAGAGGGAUUGUUUGGUUACUAGUGUAAUUCUGCUGAAGUAAUUGUCUCUGCAACAGGAAUAUUAAGCUGUCACACUAAGCUGCUGCACUGAAACUGUAUUGACAUGGGCAUAGAAAUGGAGCAAGUUUGGAGAAACACCAGAAACUUUCCCAUUAGUUUGAUUGCCCCCAUAAAGUUCUUUCAUGAUUUCCCCAGUGACUUACAUUUCAAUUGUUUCCAAUUUAUGAAGUUUACUGCUGUGUCUAGGGCCCCUGGGUUGGUGCUGAUAACCAUAAGGUACGAGAUAUAUAUUUCUGUAAGAGGAAGUGUUAAAUCUUUAAAAGAAGACACAUAAAUUGUCUGAUAGGAGGGUGAGGGGAUCUGAGAUUCCUGUAGCUUCUGGAGGCACAGGUUGGCUACACUAGUCCCUUAAAUGCAGAACUUAGAGUACAGAAGUGAAUGCAGUGGAGUUGCUGUGACUUAAAUCUCCUGUGGUCUAAUGGCAUGCUUAUGCACAUUUCGGUCUCAAUACAUUUUCACUCUUUUUGGGUCUCUCUGCUGAGACUGUUAAACAAGAGGUUAAUGCUAAUGCUGGUGGUUCCUGUGAUGUAACCUAGUCUGUUAACUGGAAUGAGUAAGUAUUAGUACAUAAUCCACCAAACAGGCUUCAGAUGAUAAGAAGUUUAGAUCACUGACUUGGGAUGUAUUUCAUCUGGAAACUCUCAUUCAGCUGAAAUUUCAAUUCUGUAUCAUCACAUUCUGUAAUUUUAAUUUGUAAAUGCAGAGGUUUUGGUGUAAUGUGCUCCUUUACCUCUAACCAUACACACACAGGGUCCAUGCUGUUAGUAUGAAUUAAUAAUAUCUAAUACUUACUUCAGGUACACCACCUGCCCUGUUUACUCAGCUCACGAACUCCAGGCGGUGAAUAACAGACUACAUUUAGACUUUGCACAGCUUGGUUCCCACAAAUCAAAACUCCAGAUUAGUCUUAAUUAGAUGCUGAAGCUAAACUUGUUUAUUACCUGAUUAUAUGUAGGUUUAAUUUUUGGGUGAAAAUGCAUAACUUGUUAGCAAAUCUUACAAGGUAAGCCAAUGUUUCGGAGUUUGCAUUGGAAAACAUGGAGAUAGUCAACAUCCUGAGAGUUAAAAAUCUGAUAUAUAUGGUCUAUAUAUAUGCAGGAGUGAAAUCAGGAAGGCCAAAUCACACCUGGAGUUGCAGCUAGCAAGAGAUGUUAAGAGUAACAAGAAGGG